AUAAUCUUCUCUCAAAAAUCUCUCAUAUAACGGUCUUCAGAAUUCCCAGGGCUUUAAGCAAUCCAAAGAUUAGAUCAAAAUAACACCUUAUAGUAGCUGACAUGUUCUUUUCUUCCCUUUAUUUUUUAUUUUUUUCUAAUUCUCACGUAAUUAGGUCAGACUUCAAUCACUUUUGAUCCUUCUUGAAUUUCAUCAUGUUCAUGGGGUUUAUGUUUUUUUAAUAGGUGAAGUGUCUAUUUUUGAAUCCAAGUUUUCAAAGUUAUAAUUAGAGUUCCAAGGGACUUCUGAUGCUCUGUUUGUUUUUUUUUUGCUUCAACUUAAAAAAAAGAAAGAGAUUGAUGGUUUAUAUUGAUGCGUACCCUGAAUGAUUUUAUGAUCAAAACCCGUUUUAAUUUCAAGAAUAUGAGUUCUUUUAACUUGUUUUUGUUUCAAAAUUUGGUUCCUUUUGGUGGGUUUUUAUUGAUCUCCAUCUCUGCCCUGUUUUCCUCUCUGUUUGCUAUCUUCAGCAAAGCUUUGUCAUGGAUUCAGAGUGAUGAGAUUUCUAAGCUCAAUAAUUCGAUUCCAAUUGAAACAGAGCCAGAGGAUGUCACAGAAGAGAAAACGAAGGAAACCAAACCUGUGGCUACUGAACCGAAGGUUGAAGACACUGGAAUCAUUGAAGAAGAUGGAUCUCCAAAAUUCUUUUUCAAGUUUCAGUUUCAAACUCAGACUUUCGAAGAAUUCAGCAAGAAAUUUGAAGCAAAAGAGAAAUAUAACCUUGGCCUAGACUCAAUUCCUUCAAUUCCUUAUACAAGCACGAACAAGUAUGAGUUCAAGUCAGGGGAUGAUCUUAGUUGUAUAAUGGAGAAGCCUGAGGAUUUAAGCUUUUGUGUGAAAGAAAUGUAUGCUGAUUCCAGCAAUGGGUUCUUGUCAGAACAAGAUUUCAUGGAAGACGAUUCAUCAGAGAAUGAAGUUGAUACCCAACAAAGUAAACCAAUUGUUUGCGAAAAUAUUCCAGGGAAUCUUGAGUUUCUUUCAGAGGAGGACACCACUGUUCCAGAGACUGAUAUGGGUUCCAUUACUUCAAGCCCUGAAAACCUGAGUGAUUGUGAAGAUUUUGAGGCUGAUUCUUCAAGGAACAUUGAAGAUGAAGACACAAUGGAAGAGCUUCAGAGCAAGAAUAAGGAUAUAAAUGCUUUAGAUAAUUCAGAAAAGUCCAAUUUAGAGAAUCCAUUAGCUUCAGAUCCUGAGGAUUCAACUGAUUUGGAAACUUUAUGGGAACAUCAAGAACUGAUAGAACAGCUGAAAAUGGAGCUGAAAAAGGUUAAAGCAACAGGCCUGCCAACCAUCUUAGAAGAAUCAGAAUCCCCAAAGAUAAUGGAUGAUUUGAAGCCAUGGAAAAUUGAUGAGAAGUUCCAAUAUGCAGAUAGAAUGAGUGAACUUCACAAAUUCUACAAGAGUUAUAGAGAAAGGAUGAGGAAAUUCGACAUCUUGAAUUACCAGAAGAUGUAUGCAAUAGGGGUUCUUCAUUCAAAGGAUCCAUUUCAAUCAAUUUCAACCCACAAAUCAUCUUCAGCUCCACCAAUUACAUCUCUCCUCCCUCAAAACCUUUGGCCAAGAAGGCGGAAAACAUCGGAUUCUGACCCCAUGUCGAAGUUCAUCAACGAACUCCACGGUGAUCUGGAAAUGGUGUACGUAGGGCAACUGUGCCUUUCUUGGGAAAUACUUCAUUGGCAAUACGAGAAAGCCAUUGGAAUAUGGGAAUCUGAUCCUUACUGCAUGCGUCGAUACAAUGAAGUUGCCGGUGAAUUUCAACAGUUCCAAGUUCUGAUUCAAAGGUUCAUAGAGAAUGAACCCUUUGAAGGUCCAAGGGUACGAAACUACAUCAAGAACCGAUGUGUUCUACGGAAUCUCCUUCAAGUUCCCGUCAUCCGAGAGGAUAGCUUGAAGGAUAAAAGGAAAGGUAGAAGAAAAGGAAGAGAUGAAGAUGACAAUGCAAUUACAGCUGAUAUGCUAGUGGAGAUCAUGGAGGAAGCAAUAAGAAUAUUUUGGCGAUUCCUUCGAGCUGAUAAAGAUGCUAACAUUGUGAUCCGUAAGAUGAGGAAAGGUGCUCAAGUGGAACCUACAGAGCCUGAUGAGCUUCAACUUCUAGCAACCCUUCAAACUAGCUUACAAAAGAAGGAUAAGAAGCUUAGAGAAAUAGUAAGGAGUGGGAACUGCAUAUUAAGGAAAUUGAAGAAGAAUGAAGAGGAGAAUUCAGAUCAAGUGCUUUACUUCUUCUCUCAAGUGGAUUUGAAAUUAGUGGCAAGAGUUUUGAACAUGUCAAAUGUGACAAGAGACCAACUUUUAUGGUGCCAUUCCAAAUUAAGCAAGAUUAACUUUGUUAAUAGGAAGAUUAAUGUUGAACCAUCCUUUUUGCUUUUCCCAUGUUGAUAUUUUUGAAAUUAAUACAGCAUGUAUAUCUAUUCCUCUCGCA